CAGAAUACUGGUGGGCGACGCACACUGUGAGACGGCCGAAUCGGGAACCUUUUUCAGCUCAAGCCUUCUGCGCACCACCUUUGACCUCGCCAUGAUAAAGUCCCUGCUGGUCGUCUUCGUGGUCGUGGCUAUUCUUUGCAGCCGGGCAUUUGCGCAGCUUGGUCUCUUCGGCGGCAUUGGAGGCAACUUUGGUCCAGGCUUCGGGUACGGUGGAUUUCGCCGCUACGGAGGUUAUGGCGGCUAUGGUGGAUACCCUGGCUUUGGACUCUACCGGGGCUACGGAGGUUAUGGACCUGGCUUUGGUUUCUUCGGUUGAGCGCCGCGCGCGGACUUACACGCUCAGAUGUCAAAGCACUCACUGCGCUUGCGAUCGCCACCUUCGUGAUUAAAUACAUUUUCGGAAUAAUA